UUGUCUUGCAAAGAUGAAGCUUUUUUUGGCCUUGGCAGGCCUCCUGGCCCCCCUGGCCAUGCUUCAGACUUCCACUGGUGCCACUCCAGCGCUCCCGGGGGAAGUGGCGAACUCAGUGGUGCUGGACUGCAUGGAGGAAGCCAAGCGGCUGGUGAACAAAGCCUACAAGGAGCGGAGAGAAAGCAUCAAGCAGAGUCUUCGAAGUGGCUCCGCCAGCCCUAUGGAACUCCUAUCGUAUUUCAAGCAGCCGGUGGCGGGCACCAGGACAGCUGUGAGGGCUGCCGACUAUCUGCACGUGGCCCUGGACCUGCUGAAGAGGAAGCUGCAGCCCCUGUGGCCACGGCCUUUCAAUGUCACAGACGUGUUGACGCCUGCUCAGCUGAAUCUGUUGUCCGUGUCAAGUGGCUGUGCCUAUCGGGAUGUGGGGGUGACAUGCCCACCGCAGGACAAGUAUCGAACCAUCACUGGACACUGCAACAACAGACGCAGCCCCACUCUGGGGGCCUCCAACCGAGCCUUUGUGCGCUGGCUGCCUGCAGAAUAUGAAGAUGGCAUCUCCUUGCCUUUUGGCUGGACGCCCAAGGUCAAUCGCAGUGGCUUCAAGGUGCCCUUGGCUCGUCAGGUCUCCAACGCCAUCGUACGUUUCCCCAACGAUCAGCUGACCAAGGACCAGGAGCGGGCACUCAUGUUCAUGCAGUGGGGCCAGUUUCUGGACCAUGAUGUCACCUUGACUCCAGAGCCAGCUACCCGGUUCUCCUUCCUCACGGGACUCAACUGUGAGACCAGCUGCCUGCAGCAGCAACCCUGCUUCCCCCUCAAGAUCCCACCCAAUGACCCUCGAAUCAAGGACCAAAAGGACUGCAUCCCCUUCUUCCGCUCCUGCCCGGCAUGCACCGGGAGCAACAUUACCAUUCGCAACCAGAUCAACGCGCUCACUUCCUUCGUGGAUGCCAGUGGGGUGUAUGGCAGCGAGGACCCCCUGGCCAGGAGAUUGCGCAACCUCACCAACCAGCUGGGGCUGUUGGCUGUCAAUACACGCUUCCAAGACAACGGCCGGGCCCUGUUGCCCUUUGACAGCCUGCAUGAUGACCCAUGCCUCCUUACCAACCGCUCCGCCCGCAUUCCUUGUUUUCUGGCAGGGGACAUGCGCUCCAGCGAGAUGCCAGAGCUCACCUCCAUGCACACCCUCUUCGUGCGAGAGCAUAACCGUCUGGCCACAGAACUCAAGCGCCUGAAUCCUCGCUGGAAUGGGGAGAAGCUUUACCAGGAGGCCCGGAAGAUUGUGGGGGCCAUGGUCCAGAUCAUCACAUACCGAGACUACCUGCCCUUGGUGUUGGGGCCAGCAGCCAUGAAGAAGUACCUACCCCAGUACCGAUCCUACAAUGACUCAGUAGACCCUCGAAUCGCCAAUGUCUUCACCAACGCUUUCCGUUACGGCCACACCCUCAUCCAACCCUUCAUGUUCCGCCUGGACAAUCAGUACCGGUCCACAGGACCCAACCCCCGUGUCCCACUCAGCAGGGUCUUUUUUGCCAGCUGGAGAGUCGUGCUGGAAGGUGGCAUUGACCCCAUCCUCCGUGGCCUCAUGGCGACUCCUGCCAAACUGAAUCGCCAGAACCAAAUUGCGGUGGAUGAGAUCCGGGAGCGACUGUUUGAGCAGGUCAUGAGGAUUGGUCUUGACUUACCUGCCCUUAACAUGCAGCGCAGCCGGGAUCAUGGCCUCCCAGGAUACAAUGCCUGGAGACGCUUCUGUGGGCUUCCACAGCCCAGCACAGUGGGUGAGCUCGGCACGGUGCUGAAGAACCUGGAGCUGGCACGGAAGCUGAUGGCACAGUAUGGCACGCCCAACAACAUUGACAUCUGGAUGGGCGGUGUGUCCGAGCCCCUGGAGCCCAAUGGCCGCGUAGGCCAGCUCCUUGCCUGCCUCAUUGGCACUCAGUUUAGGAAGCUACGGGAUGGCGAUAGGUUUUGGUGGGAGAACCCGGGUGUGUUCAGUAAACAGCAGAGACAGGCCUUGGCUACCAUCUCCUUGCCCCGCAUCAUCUGUGACAACACUGGCAUCACUACCGUGUCUAAGAACAACAUCUUCAUGUCCAACUCACACCCCCGAGACUUUGUCAGCUGUAACACCCUUCCUAAACUGAAUCUGGCUUCCUGGAAGGAGACCUAGAGGCCGGGAGUCUGCCCCGAAGAGGAACGGAGGCCAUUGGCCUUUUUUGUGCUAUCUGUACCCGAGGUUUACACUAAUAAAGCAUGGUGGAUGGGGA